CCUCAUGCUGGUCGCAGCGAUACAGCGUAAUUAGAGUAGCAGCUGCUACUUGCCCCCUGCCGGCCAACCAGACGAAUGAAAUAAAAUGGAAUAAAGUUCGUGAACAGCUAAAAAUAGUGGUAUUUUAUAGAAAACUGCUGCUCCCAUCUCCUACCCCCCGAAGGGCCUUUCAUAUCUCAAGUCGGGCCGAAGAUCAAGGCAUCGAAUUGCCUCACAGUGAGUUGAUUAAUUAGCGUUUGGAUUAAUGCGCUUCUUCAAAAAACGCGCGGAAAGUGAAAUACCGGCAAGGUCAUGCCAGCGCAGUGUAAACAGUGAAAUAUAUUUAUAAUCAAUCAGUAGAACUAUAAAAUUACAAAGGUCAAGUGUUUCACAAUUUGUUUUACACCACAUCAAUUAAUCAAAGUGCACCAAAUCAGGUAAUAAAUAAUCCAGUAGUGGUGUUUUUAUGGAGUAGAAUUAAACUAGUAAUAUCCAACCGUAGUGAAUAUUAAGUAUCGUAGUGGUAUUUACGUGUAGAAUACACUAGCGUUUAUGUGUGAUAUUUAAUCCAAAUAAUUCAUAUCAGUAGUCAACAGUUCUGGUAAAGUUUUUCACGCAAUUCAGCAUCGAGAAUAGCACCUAGCGGAGAAUAUUAGUGAUUGGAUUAAUAAUUUAUUCGACCAAAAACCACCACGUCAAGAAAGAAAAUUAUGACGUAGUUUAGGUGGAAAAUCAGCACCAUAUCCCAGCACCCGCCUACGAUAGUUUCCAGAAAUUUUCUACUAUAUACAACGCUAUAAUUAUAUUACAUAAGAUAAAAGCUGAACAAUCAAAUCGUGUGGACUCAUCACGUCAAUCAACACCGGAGGUGAGGAGGAACUUUGCUCAGCGAGCUGACGGCGGUAGCUCCGGAAAUGUCCGUACAAAGCGAGAACGAUCCGCCGAGCAACUCAGGCUAUGGUAGCUCCGAUGAGACUGCUUCCCUACUGAUGAUGUCCGCGAAUAGUAAUAACAACAAUAGCAGCAGCACAACGACAACGACGGGAUCAAGUAUCAUAUCAACCAUUAGUAAGUCUAGGAUGGCAUCGCACAGCUCUUUUAACGGACCAACAAAUCAACAAUCGACGACAAGCACCGGCAGUGCCAGUGCUGCCAGCCAGCCAAUGUCAAUAAUUCACCCUGGCAAUACGAACAAUAGCAGUUCCGCCAGCAGCGGACAUAAUAACAGUAGUGCUAACAAGCCAAUUUUAAUACGACAAGACAGAACGUCAACAUAUCUAGCAAGCCCCCAAUUAUCGGCAACCGGAUUGGGCGGGUCAGAGGAGAGCGGUCAGGGGGAUGAUGAUCAACAUAAUGCGCGCUCUGUGCCCGAUAUAGAAAUGCACUGUCGACUCGAUGCACCGGCAAUAGCCGUUUCGAACUCGUGCCACGGUGAUGGUGGACGGGGGACGACGGCAACAGGUGGUGGCGUCGGAGCUACCGCUGCUGUUGGAUAUCAACUAGUGCCCUACAACAGAUGCCGUGCCUGUCGUAACUGUGAUAGACGUGCCUCCACCACGCCGGUGUCUUCGCUACAACUAACCCGCUCAGUUUCGAAGGAAAGCGUCCGAAGCGCGCUCCACAGUCGACUUACGGUUCAACACUCGACUAUCCCGCCGGUGCUGAUUACUUCCUCGCCAACGUCGGGCUCCCGAAUCAUUCGCCAAAGUUCCCAACCCGAAGCCAGUUCGCAUAUCUGCUGCGGGAGCCAGUGUGCGCAUGUCUGUGCCCAACCUAGCUCCUCGCUGCGGCAGUUACGCGAACCAGGCGACGGAAUCGCCGGCAUAGCGGCGGACUCGUUACGGAUCAACGGUGGCAUGCGGCAGUUCAAACAGCUCCGAAAGCCUGUGUCCACGCUGUCGAUUCCUGGAUCGAUGAAAACGCCGUGCGCCGGAAAUCGAGAAUCAGUAUCGGCUGCAUGCACAGAAGAAGCCGGUAUCGCGCUCGUGGGCGUACACUCAGAGUAUCCCAGGUACAUGGAGGAGCGAGGCCUGGGUGGCGGCGUCUGUAAAGGUCCCGGCACGGUGCAAGGCGGUCCAGGUCAAAAGCACAAACCGAAUGUAGGAUACCGACUCGGGCGGCGGAAAGCGCUGUUCGAGAAGCGUAAACGAAUCAGUGAUUACGCCCUCGUCAUGGGUAUGUUCGGCAUAAUUGUGAUGGUGAUAGAAAAUGAGUUAAGUAGCGCUGGUGUAUAUACUAAGGCAUCUUUUUAUUCAACUGCUUUAAAAACGUUAAUAUCCGUAUCGACUGUGAUUUUACUCGGGCUCAUUGUAGCCUACCACGCCUUGGAAGUUCAGCUUUUUAUGAUAGAUAAUUGUGCGGAUGACUGGCGAAUAGCGAUGACCUGGCAGCGAAUGAGCCAAAUAGCUUUAGAAUUACUCAUCUGUGCGGUGCAUCCCAUUCCAGGUCAAUAUUAUUUUCUAUGGACAACUAAGCUAGCAAAUAAGAAUAAAGCCAUGGGAGCGGAACUCGUCCCAUACGACGUCGCGUUAUCUUUGCCAAUGUUCCUUCGUUUGUACCUGAUAUGCCGUGUGAUGCUGUUACAUUCGAAACUAUUUACCGAUGCCUCAUCACGUAGUAUAGGCGCACUGAAUCGUAUCAAUUUUAACACGCGAUUUGUGCUGAAAACACUAAUGACAAUAUGCCCGGGAACGGUCCUACUAGUAUUCAUGGUUUCAUUAUGGAUAAUAGCAUCGUGGACGCUUCGACAGUGCGAGAGGUUUCAUGAUGAAGAACAUGCCAAUCUAUUGAACGCCAUGUGGUUAAUCGCAAUAACCUUUCUAAGCGUUGGCUUUGGCGAUAUCGUGCCGAACACGUACUGCGGUCGGGGCAUCGCAGUCAGUACGGGUAUUAUGGGAGCUGGCUGUACAGCCCUACUGGUGGCAGUCGUAUCGAGAAAACUAGAGUUGACGCGGGCGGAAAAGCAUGUGCACAACUUCAUGAUGGACACCCAGCUGACGAAGAGGCUAAAAAAUGCGGCAGCUAACGUGCUGCGGGAAACCUGGCUGAUAUACAAGCACACGCGCCUAGUGAAGCGUGUUAAUCCCGGUCGAGUGCGGACGCAUCAGCGGAAGUUCCUGUUGGCAAUCUAUGCGCUACGCAAAGUGAAAAUGGACCAACGAAAAUUAAUGGAUAAUGCCAAUACUAUAACAGACAUGGCCAAGACUCAAAAUACUGUAUAUGAAAUAGUAUCUGACAUGUCAACUCGCCAGGAUACACUGGAAGAACGAAUUAACAGCUUAGAAGAUAAGUUACAGGCUAUUCAGACACAAAUCGAAAAUCUUCCGGAAGUGUUGACACGCUGCCUCACCCAGCAUCAGGAACGCAUGGAUCAGCGAAGAAACUUUCUUCAUCCGGAUGCUGCGGUAACCGGUUCAUCGUCCGGCUUGCCGACGCCGGCACCGCCGCUAGGUUCCCCAAUGAUGCUACCGCACUCCAGGAGUGUACCGUCGUCGUCGACACCGGCCUAUCCCUGGCCAGCAAGUCCCAUUCUCCCACCAAUCUCUAGUAGAACGCCACACCUGGUCCCGGAAACGCUCAUUCCUGCACCAGCGACGACGGCUUCAUCGACCCUGUUGCAUUCCAUCGCCAACCAGUCGUCUGCGAUCGCGGACAUGCAAACGGCCACGCACAAGUCAACUAGCUGAAUCGAACCCAGUAGUUUGAACUCUAUCUCCCUAAUUUCAUUUUCCAAUAACUCCAAUUCCAACAUCUCCAACGCCAUCAACACCCCCACAUCGACGUCUAGUAGUAGCAAAUUCACCAAACAGCGGGAACGAGCGACGCGUUUCUAGCUCCCAGCGAACAAGACGAUGCCGCAUCGCGCCACAAAUUAAGACAAAAUUGGCCUGACCAAUUCCACUAGACGAAAAUACUACACUGACCGAACAGCGUCUACCUAAGUGAUGCUCCACUGGCAAGCAAAUGUCUGGUGGAGCCACGGCGACUAUGAAGAGAACGUGCAUCAACGCUGCGUGCUAUUAGCUGUGUACAGAUCUACGAUAUAAAAAAAACAACUACACGAAUAUUAUAAUGAGAAUGUUAGCGAAAAAGCGAUAAUGAUGAUGAUUAGUAAGCGUGAAUAGAAUGGAUGGUUGAGAGAAGGAAUUGUUAAAAAGACUAUUUAGCGAUUAGUGAGUAUAAUUUAAAUUUAUCGAUAAGGGAAAUCCGAUAGUCUAGUCGUCACACCAUGAAAAGGGGUAAACACCAGCCUAAAACAUAUAACAGACAUAGAGGUAAGCAUCCAAUACCUGACAGUGAAGAGGGUAUCAAAAAAAAUAGAAACUCUAUCGUUGUAGUGUAGCGUAAUUGAAAUUAUUCUGUUCAAAGUAAAGUAGGGAAAGAAAAACUUGUUCAAAUAAGCUUUAGAAGUACACGUAGUAGUUUAGUUUCAAAUUAUUAUCCGUUGAUUUGAUAGUAACGAAUUUUCAUUAUAAACCCUGUAUUUAUUAGAGUUAAUUGCAGUAUGCAGAGCGCACUUAUUUUUAUAUGAAAUGAACCAGUGUGUAACGAGAAAAAAGUCGACAAAAGACAUAGUACUAUGAAACUCCGAACCAUACAAAAAAAGAACAAGUAGAAGCUAAUUAUCGUAAAACACUGCUUCAAAAUGGAUUAAACGAUAAUUGGCACGAGAGCUGAUACUAUUCUCCAUCACUACUUUUCCGAAUUCGAAUUAUUAGUUGGCGUUGAAAAGAAUCACGUAAUCCUGUAUUAGCUUCAAAGUUCAAGCAUCACAUGUUCAAUUAUUCUGUGGCGACUUAUUACUCACAACACAUAUACUACUCAUUGCUUCACUGCUUGAAUUCAAUCAGUCCGAUUCGCCGUUAAGCGCAAGCAUUUCCUGGCGAAAGCUAAUUAACAAGAAAAAAAAAGUUCUGCAAUUCCAAUUUUUUGUUCUUACAGCAAGCCCCGGAUUAAUCCUAUCACAGACGGAGAGGAGACUUUGGUUUAAAGCUCAAUGUUGAAAAUUGCUUCUAACUACUAGGGACGUACAGUCUUUUUAUGAAUCAUUUG